GCGAUAGCCGCAGUGAAACCCAUCAGUUGAUAAAAUGUUAGGCCACUGAGGACCUCUUUCGUGGACCGUUCGGCGGCAGUAUUUUUUAUCAGCCCUGCUAUAUAUUUGUGAAAUGAUAACAAUUGAACAACUUCGUCUUAAACGCGGCAUUUUAACUCAAUUCAGUGCUAUUCUCGUUCGCCGGCAGUGUACAGUGUUUUGAUAACAGGAAAAAGCUGUGCAGUUGAAAACAUAAUUACGAAUUGCUGAGAGAAUUAUUUCGUGGCCAGAUUGUUUACGUUUUCAUUUCUCUUUCGUGCUCGAAAACCACGUCAAGAUGUGCAACUCCAGUGACACCUAUGUGCGUGUGCUUGAAGUACCCACAGAUUGUGUUCGUGUGUCUCAGCUGAAGGAAUAUUUCGUGAACGCAUUCAACCGCAGUCCGGAAUUCAUUGUACGCUGCAGUGGGAGAGUGAACAUCAUCGGAGAACAUGUAGACUACUGUGGUUAUCCCGUGCUACCGAUGGCAGUGGAACAAACAAUACUUUUAGCGGUGGCCUCAUCCGAGGAUAACCUUAUACAUGUGAAGAACGUAGACAACAAGUACAAGCCAUUUAAGUGUAAUAUCAAUACAUUUAAUAUUGAUGUAGGUCAAUCAGGAGGUCCCGAAUGGUACAAAUAUUUUCUUUGUGGGAUCAAAGGUAUGCUGGAGCAUGCGAAACCAUCCGAUGCCAAAGGUAUGAUGGUAGCACUGUCGGGGAACAUACCUCCUGCAUCAGGUCUAUCAAGUUCAAGUGCUAUUGUGAGCGCAUCUGUUCUUUGUUCUGCAUACUUGAACUGCAUACCGUUGGAAAAACAAACCCUAGCGAUGAUUUCAGCUGACUGCGAGCGAUACAUUGGUACUCAAGGUGGAGGAAUGGAUCAAGCAAUCGCAUUUCUAGCGAAGCAAGGAUGUGCUCAAUUCAUCGAAUGGAACCCUUUGCGAGCUACAUCGGUGAUUCUACCUAAAAAUGCCAUAUUUGUUAUUGCCAAUAGUUUGACACAAGCGAACAAAGCUGCUACAUCCGAUUUCAACGAACGCGUCGUGGAAUGUAGGCUGGCAUGUCGACUUUUAGCCAAAAUGGUGAAGAAGAACUGGAGGGACAUCUGGCGGUUUGCAGAUCUUCAAGUGGCUCUUAACUACUCUUUGGAGGAAAUGGAAAUGCUAACGAAAAACUAUCUACCACAACUGGUGUAUAGCAGACAAGAGCUUUUAGAAAUUUUUGAAAUAGAGCUUGAUGAUUUCGUUGAAAAUUUACUAACGGUGAACACUCGAAAUGUUCAGAUUUUCAAACUAAGACAACGAGCGCUACACGUUUUUCAGGAAUCUUUACGCGUCAAUACCUUCAUUGAAGUGGCUAGGCAACAAUCCGAUGAAGCCAUCAAAUUGAUGCAGCAGCUGAUGAGACAAUCACAUGAAAGUCUUAAAGUGUUGUAUGAAUGUUCGCAUCCAAAUUUGGAUCAGCUAGUUGAGCUCUCAGAUUCUGUGGGAGUAGGCGCUCGGUUAACUGGGGCUGGGUGGGGAGGUUGUAUUGUGGCUCUAUGCGAUGGUAUAGAAGAAAGUAUCCAGUAUAUCAAUAUGCUUAAGCGGUUGUACUAUACCAACCGUUCACAAGCAACCGGUAGAAAUUUAAACGAACUAGUCUUUGCUACAAGCCCACAAAGAGGCGCAGAGAUCUACCUCCUGAAUGCAGCUAGAAACCUAAUUGGAUGAAAGUUUUGACAAAUCUCACUACAUCAGUUACCAGCAUCGUUAGUUAGCCAGUAUAAACGCGCUCUCGGGGCAUUGCAAAAUAUCAAUAGCAAUAGUCAAAUAACUUCUUAAAAUGUACAAAUCACACGCUAAUUGCCAAAACUGUUAGUCUGUUGUGACGCAAGAGACUUUCUCUGAAUACAAAACUAGAACCAAAUCUACUUUCUUUACACUCCAAUAAACUGUUUUCCAUGGACAAUUUUCGCUUCGCGCCUAGCAAUAUUGAUAGCUAUACUACGAAAUAUUAUUUCAAAUAAAUUGUGACAACCAAUACACAAAAACUCGUUCCAAUUUAAAUAUUCUCGUUACAAUUCCAAACUGACAAUCUUAUUUGUAAAAUGUUGCGCACAUUGUUGACAGAAUGAUGAC